AUCCAAAUUCUGAAUGUUUACUAGCCGGAGAUCUUCAGGAUGAUUCGCCGGAAAAGAAAAGGCGAAAAUGCAAAAUCAUAGAAUUAGAUUCAGUAGUAAAGAUGAUGUGAGAAGCAAAAAAUCGCAUUACACAAAUGUCAGCAAUAGUAUUAGUGAUAAUGUUGAACUGUCACUAGAAGUAGAGCUCGAUGAUGAGGUUCGUAACAUAAUUAAAAAUCCAGAAAAAUGUUUAUCGGCACUAUUAGACGUUACAGUUAUUAAACCUAAAGGCCUGGACCAAUACACUAGUAAAACUCAAACUUUAAAAACAAAUCAAGUGAAGAAAUUAAUUGAAUCAGUGAAACUUGAUGAAGAUGACAAAAAAAAGUUGAUGCAUAAGUUGUUUGGCAGUGAGCAACAUACAAAAAAAAAGCCAAAAUCUUGUUUGUCAUCUAAAAGCAAAACCAAACAAUCAAAAGAAACAUUGGAACAUGGUGAUGUUUGUGAUUACGUUAAUCGAAACCAUUUUGCAAUGUAUAAUCAACAACAAAAUCCAUUACAACUCACAAAGUCCACUAUCCAGCAAAUCUACGCUGCUCCAAAAAUUCGAGCAAACAUCCGUGAAAUUUUCGAAUGUAAAAAUAAACACCGAAGAAGAGAGGACCAUGGAAAAAUGCCUGAACCUUGUCCUUGUCAAAAUUGUGCCAUUGUUGGCAUACUAACCGAUUCUCAAAAAUUACCAUUUUCCAAUAUUCCUAUACCUGCCAACCAUGUAGAGGAAAAAUUCAAUAGGGAAAAGGAGAGUAAGCUGAGGGAUUCUUUUGGCCGAAGGAAAUCUGUCAGUUUCAAGCACACAGACGAGUUACCUUCUUCGAGCGGCUCGCACGAGCAAUGUCAAGCAAUUUUCAAGAUGCUCACUGCUCGAAUUAUCGAUCUCGAACAAAGGGUCGUGAGACAAGAAGAACGAGCAGUUCCCAAAGAUUAUUUUAAGCAAAUCAUUAACAAACUGGUCAAUCAUUUGUCAAAACUAACACAUUAUACUGCCGAGGAAAGAAAUAGAAACUCAAAAUAUGUCUCAAAUAUUAGCAAUAAUGAUAAAAAUUACAAUAAAGAAGAGAGGAACAAUAAAGAAUAUCCUAGUAGCAGUAUAAAUAGACAAUACACUAAUGAAGAAAGAAAUAAAAGAUCAUCAUAUUCAGAUAAAGAUAAGCAUAAUCGUUAUAACAAAUAUCACAUUAAUCCAGUGUUAAUUGACAACAUUCCAAAGUUUAUGGCUGAAAAAGAAUAUGAACCUAGCGUAAGUUUUGUAGAAGAACCCACACGAGGAACCACUGAUAGUAUAUGGAAAUGGGGCGAAGAUAUUUGGUCAUCAGGCAGAGACCUCAAAAACAAAGUAGUACUUUUGCUUGAAGAAACCUUACAAAACUUAAAAAAAGGUUUAGGCAAAACCCCUAACACUCAAAGAGUUCAUAGUGACGAUAUUCAACUAAUUGUUGACGAACUAUCGAAAAAUCUAGCCAAAACUAUUAACAAACCAAAAAUGGAAAGAAAGUCUGCAAACCAUCUCUUAUUUCAAAACGCAAGAGAAACGCCUGGCAUCAAUGUGGCUUACGUCAAUCCUAAACUAACUCGAUGGCCCGAAGACUCGACAGUUUCUUUUAAAAUUGAAAGUGAUUAUGAAUCGCAAAGAGGAACUACCAACAUGAGUGAAGCAAAGAAAAGACAAUAUAAAAAAGAAUUUUUGAGAGUUUUGCAAAACACCAAAACAACAGACAAGUACAAGCUCUGGCAAAAUAUCUGGAAUCAGGCCUUGGAAAAUCGUCAAACCAAAAAUGAUAUCGUAACAAUCCAGAUACCAGACCCAAAGGAUUUGCUGCAUCAAAAAAUGAUCAGUUUGGAAUAUACCGUAGGCGAACUAGAACGACUGCUGAUUCAAAAUCAUAAAUGAUAACAUUUGUUUGUAAUUUUGUCCUGCUAUUAAAAAUAAAAAUGGUUUUUUGUGUAUAAUA